AUGGCCUCGCCGACUCCCAUCGACGACUCGCUCCAGGCGCGCAUCUCCUCGGAUUGCCCCUCCACGACCCAGCAAAUCCUCUACCAUGCCUGGGCCCGAGACCUCAGCGGGCUGAAACCCCUCCUCAAUGUCCCUGGUCACGCGAGCAUCCAGGACCCAACCACGGGGGAGACACCCCUCCAUGCCGCGAUCCGAUCUUGCGGGCCCGCCGACCCAAAUACCACCACCCCUGCCACCGGCACCACCGAGGGAGAGGACGCGGAGAUUGACGGCGCCGUCGAAGAGGCCAUUGAGGCGGUUCGCGAAUUAUUCUUUUCCGGCGCUAUCUGGAACGAUGUCGAUAAUAAUAAUGAGACUCCCGGUUGCGUAGCUUGGCGCCUCGGCCGGCAAGAGUUAUAUAACCUCUGCCUUGAGGCAGGGGUGCGUGCGGAGAUGCUCUUUGGCUUGCUGGAUGGGUACGAGAGGCUAUCGUCCGGCGCCGAAGAGGACGAGGACGAAGAGGCGAACGGUGAAGAUGCAGCUGCCGGAGCGGAGGCCGAGAUAGUCGCCGGUGGCGGAGCGAAGCCGACCGAAGCUCAAGAGGCCGCAGAGGAACCUGUCCUGGAAAUUGAGCAAGAACCCGAGAAGCGCUUCCAGCCGCCUGAAUCCGGUGAAAAGGAGAUCAAGAGCGAGGAAUAUCUGCGCUCGACCCUCACCUACUCGGAUGGGAAACUAGUAGACGACGAAGGCAACGGUGUCAUGAUGGCCUGGGAGACCGACAUCAUGCGCCGAAGCGUCGACACCCUUCUCCCGGGUCUCGAGCCGGGAAAGCGCAUUCUCAACAUCGGUCUCGGAAUGGGUAUCAUUGACUCCAUGUUCGCAGAUACGAAGCCAGCGAAGCAUCACAUCAUCGAAGCCCACCCCGCCGUCCUCGACCACCUCUCCAAGCCGGACGCCAAAUUCGGCAGCCAGUGGGAGCAGAGCGGUCCCGAAGAAGGAGCUUUCAAGGUCCACAGGGGUCGCUGGCAGGAUGUCUUGCCGACGCUGCUGGAGAAGGGCGAGAUGUACGACGCCAUAUACUUUGAUACCUUUGGUGAGGACUACUCGCAGCUGAGGCUAUUCUUCACCGAAUUCGUUCCUGGUCUGCUGGACUUUGAAGGUCGCUUCGGCUUCUUUAACGGUCUUGGCGCGGAUAGGAGGAUAUGCUAUGACGUAUACUCUAGAGUAGUCGAAAUGCAUCUUUCCGAAGCGGGACUAGACCUCGACUGGGAGGUAAUUGACGUAGACAUGGAGGGGCUUGAGGAAGCAGGGAAGGGUGAGUGGGAGGGCGUUCGGAGAAGGUAUUGGACUCUCGAUAAGUAUCGAUUGCCCACUUGCACUUUCAUGGGUUAA